AUGUCUAAGCUCUCACCUGGCCUCAAGUCACUCAUCAACUCCCCCGCCGCCCGGCCCAACACCGUCCCGGCUCCGCGCAACAUCCAAUCCAUCUACGCGAAGAUCCAGCAAACCGCGCAGGCAAAGAAUGUCUCACGGCACUCAUGGCUGGCUUUAUCGACAGCCGCAACAAUGACCAUGAACUCCCCCGCCUCCCUAACCGCCCUCUUCGAGCUCGCUACAUCUUCCCAAUCCACCCCCGACCGCAUCGCAACAGCGGAACUCAUGCGCGAAGUCGGUCUAAAAUGCAUAAGCUUCAACGGAAUUCCCCGAACGAUAAAUUGUCUCAACGCAUUUAGAGCAUCGCUUCCAGACUCCGUGGCCUCAGGCCUCUCAACAACAGCAACCCGCGCCCCCUCGCCGCAAAAUAUCUCAGAGAUCUCGGCGCGCGGCAAGGCACUCUGGGAUUCGAUCUACCGGCCCUUCGAGGUCAAGCUAUUCGAGAAGCUGGGAGACUCUCAUCCCGAUCUGCCCGUGCAUAUUUUGCAUGCGAACUACGGAGCUCUGCUUUCUGAUCCGCAAGGGAGGACAACAGGGGCAAAGAUCGGGCGAGUGGGGACGAGUAUUAUUGCCGUUUCUUGCUUGAGAGCGCAGACGGGUGUUGGGCCGCAGGUUGUUUCGCAUGUGUUUGGACUCAGGAAGGCACUGGAAGACGGAACUUGGGUUGAGGACGCCCAAGGUGAAGAAGGAGCUAGGUGGCUAGCUGGGGAAGAAGGGAAUGAGUGGAUUCUAAGGAGUGUGGAUGAGAUUGUGGAAGGGAUCAGUGAGGGCCAGGGAUCCAACUUUGCACCUGGUAAAGCAAAGCUGUGA